CACGUCGACAAGUAAGACAAAACACUUCCGAGGUAAACACGGACGCGUGUAGCGCUGGAGUAGGAGUUCUAUUGAGAACAUGUCUUCUUCACGUUGAAAGGAAGAGGAAACGAUAAAGACAUGACAAGGUGGGCCAGAGCCAACAACGUUCACAAACACAAGCCGGCGGACGCUACUCCAUGGAAUCAGCUUAAAGGAGCAGGUCACCCAGGGUCCGCUGACCGAGGUGCCAGCGGAGACACACAGGACCAUGCCAGAGGGGAUGGACAAGGGAGCUAUUUGAGACGGACCCGGCCCGGGAACUCAGCUGUGAAGAAACCCAAACAAAAGAAAAAGGACUAUGACAAUGUCGAUGUGAAUGGGUUUCUGCAGUACCUCCAGCAGAGUGGACAAGAUCUGCCCAGAGGAAAUGGGAGAGGCAGGGAGAGUGAGCAGGGUUUAAGGGAGGAGAUCGAGACUGUCCUUAAAAAAGACAACCGAAGAGAGGAUCGAAGGAUAAAGAGGCAGAUCAACAAGAAGAACAAAAUGCUUUGCUUUAACUGUAGAAAGCCCGGGCAUGGUUUGGCAGACUGUCCAGAGGCAGAGCGAGAUGAGGAGAUGGGCAGAGGCAUCUGCUAUCGCUGUGGCUCAACUGAACAUGAAAUUCAUAAAUGCAGAGCUAAAGUGGACCCUGCGCUUGGUGAUUACCCGUAUGCAAAGUGCUUUAUCUGUGGAAAGACUGGACACUUGUCACGGUCCUGCCCAGAUAAUCCUAAAGGACUAUAUGCUGAAGGAGGGUGUUGUAAGGUGUGUGGUUCAGUAGAACACUUCCAGAAGGACUGUCCAGAGCACCAGGCUCACACUAACUCUUUGACAGUAGGGUGGCUGUCCAACAACGCAAGUGCUGACCACGAGGAAUUUCAUGUACCUAAGAAGAAAGCUACUCCCAAACAAACUAAGGUGGUCAUGUUCUGAUCUGCCAAAAAUUACACAGCAUACAAUUGAACAGUAUACCAAACCUCUACCCAUCCAACAGUGGACUUUAUCAACAGUAUCUUUCAUUUGUGCCACCCUGUUAAAAAUAUUACUUUAGAGAUGAGAGUUUCUUCUGGCUCUGAUCGCUUUCUCAGCCACUAGACUUUGAGUAAGUGGAAUAAUUGAUAUCAUUUAUGUGAAAUGGAGUGACAAUUUAAAUUUCACCAUUGUCUAAUUUGGAUUGUGAUGAAACACCAUAGUGUAAUCAUGGGUUCAUUUCUGUAUUACUUUGUAUAUAUUGAAGUUAUAAAGGAUUGCUUGUAUUUCAAAACAACCAUUAUCUAUCAAUUUCAUUCAUUCUAUGGCUGCAUUACUAUUGUUUUGUUUGAGUUUCAGCAAGUCAUUAAAACAAUUCACUGUGUAAAACACUGUUGACUUCAUGCAGUUGUACAACAGAUUACGUAGCCAUUUUUAUAUUGGUUAAAAAUAUCCAAUGGAGUUUUCCUUCACCGUUUCUCGCCAAAACACAGCGUUUGUCCUUUAAGCUUAACAAAAGUUUUAAAUGCAUUUCCUACCUGCCAAAACAUUUGCAAAGCCUUUUUUGACAUUUUUUGAAUGCUACAUCGUUUAUAUCGGCCUGUAACCCUCUUGUUUUUAUCGGUGGAUAUGGCACAUUACCACCACCAACUUCAAAAAUUGCCUCACCAAUAUUCAUGUGAUUUCUGUCUUUGUCCUUUUGUUUUCUUUGUUCUAUAUUACAGCCGGGCUUACGGUUCCUUACUUUCAUUGCAGAAGUUUCGAUUCCUCCAUUCUUCUUCUACUUUCUUCAUCAUCAUCAUCAUGUUUUCUGUUCACAGAAAUGCUCAAGGUGUGCAUGCAUAUCCUUGUAUGCGUGCUGGGAGAAGUGAUAUAAACAAUACGAUGAUAUACUUUUUACUAUGCCCUAUAGUGUGAUUGAUGGCGAAAAACUAUGUUGGAUACUCGUAAAAAAAGCAUGAUCUCAAAUCAUGUGUGCACCUUUUAUAGCUUUUGGUGUUGCUUCUUUCACAAGAAACUCAGGCAGCAUCUUUACUGUCUCAUCAAACCCAACCUACUGAAAACAACUCCACUCAUUGGUCCAAAAAGUACUAUAGGGUUGGUUUCAUCCAUAAAGAUCAACUUUUCUUGAGAAUGCAAAGUUUAUUUGGAAGCAGUGCUUUGUAUAACACUACCGCUGUGGAACAUCCCGAUAAUGACAGCGACUAUGCUCAAAAUGCAUACUACCUCUACUUUUCCGACCUAAAUUAAGUAUGUAGUGUGUUUUCACUGUGUAAUGUGCCGUUUUGUGUAUGCAAGAAGUGCACAGAUUUAAAUAAAUUAGUAUAAAAGUCUUGAGUGUGCAACUAAUGUUACUAGGUGUACAUAAAUUACCCAUAAUAUGUUGCCACUGUCCAACAGCCAUCACUUGUAGCUUGUUGGUAUGGAUUCCUUAUGAAGGACAAGCAAGCAAGUGUGUACUAUAUUAGGAUUAAUGUUUUUACUGCUAUUUUUAUGGCUGGUCCAUGUAAAUGAAUUUGAUCUGC